UAGCACCGCCCUCUAAAUUAUUGCUGUCUAAAGGCAGUGACUGUUCACAACCACUUACUCCUGCGCAUUUGUCUACUUGAAAUUAUGCAUGGUACUUGACGGACAAUAUUUUGAUAGUUGAUCUGAGCUUAGCAGUCCUAACUAAAACUAAAAAAAGGAUGACUUCUUUGACAGGUAUAUUUAUCUGGAUAUAUUUUGGUGGAGUUCGCUCCGAGGUAGCUGACAGAAACUUAUGUCCAGAAGUGUGUGAAUGUGAAGGUCAUGUACUUAGGUGCAACAGAAUGGUUCUAAAUGAACCUAUUCCAGAUAGCAUAACGGAGGUUCUCUUGACAACAUCCGACAAUUGGUGGAACACUAAAAUGUCCCAUUCCUUUCCACAUUGGUCAAACGUGAUUAAAUUAGAUAUCACACACGAGUAUGCAGCGGGCGACACGAUUUAUUUUCAUUUUUUAAACAAUUCCCUCAGACCUCUUAAACAGCUCCAGUAUCUGGGAAUACACGGUUUCGGUUCCAGGUCCGCUUCAUAUAUCGACUAUGUUCUACAUGCUGGAUGUUUUACUGGCCUCGAAAAUGUGAAAACUCUUAACCUGUCUGGAAAUUCGCAUCUAGAGAUAUAUCAAGUUAUUGAAGCUUUGAAAGAAGUAAAUACUCUGCCUUCCUUAGAGACGAUAGACCUGUCGGAGUUUCAGCUCUUGGAAAACGUGCCUAUAUACAGGAAUGAAUUUAGCGCACUUGUUUCAGUACUCAAGUCAAGGUCAAUUAAAACUAUAAUAAUGGAUUACACACAUAUGGAAUUACCUAUAGCGGAGCUUAGAAAGUUAUGCCAAACACUGGAAAAGUUUAGUUUACGGAAAACUACGAUCAUUGCAGUAUAUGAAUUCGAUCACGUGACAUGUGAGAGCUUAAAGGUGUUAGAUUUGUCAGAAGCAGCUAUUGUACCAUACGAAGAUUUCAUCAGUAGCAGAAUGCUGACGUCAGACACCUGGUUCAUUGAAAUUUUUAAUACACAUUUUUCUUUUAUAUGCGGCACUGAAACGUUGUACUACAAUGAAGUUUUACCAUCGAAGCCGCGACCCCUAUCGUUCGAGAAUGGCGUUGUCUAUAAUGCAACGGGGAUAAACUGGAGAGUGAAAUAUAUGUAUUUCAGAAGGAAUUUUAUGGAAAACUUCAAUGUAUCGUUUAAAAAUAUGCCCCUUAUACCUGGUUCAGAAUUUGACGUCUCCUUCAAUAACAUUCAUUACAUUCACCCGAAAUCGCUGGACCCAGGACAUUAUAUCCGCAAAAUAAACCUUGCCCAUAAUCGAUUGCAUGAAAUGGAAAGAAAUAAUCCGUUAGACUUCAAAAUUUUUCUUCAUACAUUUACAGACUUGGAGGAUAUAAAUUUGGCAUACAAUCAGAUAUCUGAACUUUCAUCAGGUAUGUUUAGCAAAAACACAAAGCUGAAGGAAAUCAAUGUUGCAGGAAACCGGCUGAAAACUUUAUCUAUUAAGACAAACUUAAUACUCAGUUUGCAAUAUUUAGACGCCGUAGACAACAACCUUGAAAUCAUUGAUCUUAAGGAAAUUUCCGAAAUAUAUCAGAGGCCCUUUGUUGAAGCAAUUUUAACAAACGGGGCAAAUUUGAUCAUAAACAUUACCGGAAAUGAAUUAAAAUGUACGUGUGAGGAUACAAGAGUCAUUGAAUGGAUUCGAGAUUCUCCUAUUGUCCGAGGAGGAAGGUGUGUUUAUGAGGACGAAAAGCUUGACAUAAAACGUAAUGCCUUUAAGAAAAUUACAGACUACUGUAAGAAGAAGAAAUUUCAACAGUCACUUAUAAUCGGAGUAUGCAUUUCCAUAACGCUUUUCUAUCUUUCAGCCAUUUGCAUUGCUUUGGCAGUUCGGUAUAAAAAGAAACAACAUCUGAUUGUAGAAUUAUUACGUCAGCUGAAAACAAACGACGAACAUUUUCUUGCGUUUGUAUCCUAUUGUUCAGAAGAUACGGAUUUCGUGAUGUCACAUCUCGUAAACCAACUGAAUGAGGAAAUUUGUAUCAAGACCAAAGUCCGAUGCGAUCAUAUCUGUACCGGAGAUCGGUGCUUCCGACCAGGAUUUCCGGUAAUCAACGAGAUUAUGACAAAAAUGGAGAAUUCAGCAGUGAUAAUUUUUGUUAUCUCGCUAGAAUUUUGCAACAAAACAUGGUGCCACAUUGAGAUCAAGGAAGCGUAUGAAUUACAAAAACCCAUUAUCCUGAUUUUCAGAGAAGAAGUUGAUUUACAAGACAUGCCGAAACUAGUAGAAAAAUUAUUCCACCAGAACACACGAUGCAAAUUUGAACGUGAUAUUGACGGGGCUUGGAGAUUGCAACCUUCUUUCCAUGUCCUUGCUUCCUCUGUCUUAGAACUGGCUGCUGUUAACAAUAAAACCGGCACAUCAAAGAACUUCGUCGUGUAGCGGUCUGUAAGUCCCAUAAGGCUUGAUCUAGAUAAUAAAUAAAACAGCUGUCCAAGUAGAUUUUAUACAGUAUUACAUGGUCGGUAAAGCACUACUACCAAUACUGCACAUUAGUUUUAGUGGAGUUUUCCUAAGAAUUGUUGCAAUUAUACCUCAAAUGUAUAUAAAAUAUCGAGCAUUUGAUAAUAUUGCGUCCUAUGCAGCAUGUGCAUCAAACUUAUUUGAUUACACUGACGAGUAGUACCUAUUUACUACUUGUGUUAGUUUUAUCACAGGAACAUGGAUUUGGUCUAGAAUAUAACCAAGUUGCUUUUUAGUGAUAAAGUAUAUCAUUCUUAUGAUCACAUGGAUAUAAUGUUACUAUGAAUAGAUUGCUUUUUUAGGAAUAGACGGCAUAUUGGAUGAUCAUCACAAUUAUUACAAAUACUUCUGUCUUAUCAUCGUGACUGCACGGUUAAAGUGGUAGCCACUUUCAGUAUAGAUCUAGUUAGAUUCGUGCACUAAAUGAAUAAUGAUUUGAAACAAAUUGUGUACAAAAAUCUACGUAAUCACUUUUUCAUGGAAGAUAUUAACUUCGAUGAGGACAUGUAAGCAAUUUUGGCUGGAUGGUUUCUUCGGUUUAUGGGCCAGAUAGGCAAGGAGCGUUGCGCGCGAGUGAAGGCAUUAACUUGCCAUUAAUUCUUCGCAAGGGAAUUUAUCUGGUGAAAUGUUCCGCUAAUGUGCAUGCUGUCGGUGUUGAUACAUGAUACGCGAAAGUGAUUAUGAUUUUACUUUCGAAUAAUUAAGAAUUAUACAAACUCCUUUUGAACGUUAGGAUAUGGCAUUUAAAUCAAA